GCUCCUUGUACUUUUUCUGCGCGGCAGAACCAACCCCGCUACCGCGUCCGCCACGCGACUAUCCCGUGCGUGUUUCCCCCCAGCGCCUCUUCUCCAAAACUUGAACAACUCGUACAAGCUGCUUCUCUCACAAAAUCAGCUAACAACGGAGUCUCUCUCUCCUCGCUUUCUCUCUCUGCCUGAUUCUCUGCUCCGCGAAAGCAAAUUCUUCGGCCGGGGAGCGCCAAAAACCCUAGGGUUCCGCCCCCAUUCUCCGCCAGGGAGGUCGGAUAUCAUACAACUAUUGCAUAAUAUGGAAUUAGAAGAUAAAUUUGUUGGUAAAGAAAUAAUGUUUGUGCAGAUGUAGUGAUGUACAUCUGACACCCUAUGAAACGUACCAGCUGAAUUUUUGAUUUCUUGCUUAAGGGUCGCUAGGGAAGGACAGAUUCAGUUUCUGGUGUUCAGAGCCUCUCCUCCAGUGUGCAAAGCACUCCUGAGAAGAAUGGGCAUUCAGACGAUGCUUCACGAAGCCCAGAGCUUCUUCAAGAGUUCAUGAAAUUGGGUCCCAAGAAGGAACUCCUUCGAACUUGCUUUGAAAAGGACAAGAAAAACUUGAAUUCAUCAAAAAAUAAAAUGACUGAACCUUUGAAGACUUCAAAGACAAGUAAGAAGCAGGAUUCAAAGAAAGCUUCUUCUAGUCCAAAUAAUCUUCCUAAAAAGCAAGCCAGAAAGGGGGAAAAUCCUAUGCGUCUCUCAUCAGCUUCUGAUCAGUCUCCAGACUUUGGAUCUUCAAGCUCAUGGAUCUGUAAAAACUCUGCUUGUAGAGCUGUUCUAUCCAUAGAUGACACCUUUUGCAGGAGGUGCUCUUGCAGUAUCUGUCAUUUGUUUGAUGACAACAAGGACCCUAGUCUUUGGUUAGUGUGCACAUCUGAAUCUGGUGGCGGAGAUUCCUGUGGGUUGUCUUGUCACAUCGAGUGCGCCCUUCAACAUGCAAAGGCAGGAGUUGUUGAUCUUGGGCAAUUGAUGCAGCUAGAUGGUAGUUACUGUUGCGCUACUUGUGGUAAAGUUUCUGGGAUACUUGGAAGUUGGAAGAAGCAGCUCAUUGUGGCAAAGGAUGCUCGCCGUGUUGACGUACUAUGUUAUAGGAUAUACUUGAGUUACAGACUCCUGGAUGGGACUUCAAGAUUUAAAGAACUACAUGAGAUUGUGAAGGAAGCAAAGUCUAAACUAGAGAGAGAAGUUGGCCCAGUAAAUGGCGUUUCUGCAAAGAUGGCACGAGGGAUAGUAAGUAGACUAUCAAUUGCUGGUGACGUGCUGAAACUCUGCUCUCUUGCAAUUGAGAAAGCAGAUGAAUGGCUGGCCAAAGUUUCUAAUGCGAAUCCAAAUUGCCGAGAGGGUUCACUUCCUGCAGCUUGCAAGUUUCUUUUUCAAGAAGUGGCAUCAUCCUCUGUUGUGAUUAUAUUGAUUGAAUUGUCUAAUGCAUCAUCUGACAAUAUUAAGGGCUACAAGCUCUGGUAUUACAAGAACGGAGAAGAAUUGCACGCAAAAGAGCCUACUUGUAUCUUUCCAAGAUCUCAGAGAAGGAUUUUGAUAUCCAAUCUGCAGCCUUGCACAGAGUAUACGUUUAGGAUAAUAUCUUAUACGGAGGCUGGUGACUUGGGCCACUCAGAGGCCAAGUGUUUCACCAAGAGUGUUGAGAUAAUUCGUAGAAACCCCAUUUCACCGGUUUCCGGGAAUCCUAAGAAGGAGAAACCGAUCAUCGAACCAAAUUCUAGUGGCAAGAGAGAAUCUGAAACUACAACAGCAGUUGGUCCAACUUCCGAGUUUAAAGUUAGAGAUCUUGGGAAGGUACUUCGUAUGGCUUGGGGUCAAGAGCAAGGCAACUCUGAGGCGUUCUGUAGUGCCAAUAAGGAAACAUGCUGCGGAGUAAGCAGCACACUAAAAACUGAAACGCCACAAGAACCAUUGCCUUCUGUUUUGCACAGGCUUGACUUAAAUGUUGCUUCAGUACCCGAUCUAAAUGAAGAGCUAACCCCACCAUUUGAAUCCUCCAGAGAUGAAGACAAUGGAUGCACUUUGCAGCGUGCUGUUGAAGCAGAUGAUGAUGCUGCCUCUCAUGACCUAGUGAAGAAUGGUUUGGCAAGAUCACAUGGUAGUGGUGAUUCGCAGACCUGGACUCAUGGUCUUAAUGGAGAUGUCCCAGCUGUUGAUUCCCGGGUAGAAGUUGGCAGGAAGAGGGGAGCAAACACAAACGAAGAGAUCUAUGAUUGUGACAGCACACUAAUAAAUGGGCCACCAUUGCUUAUUUCUAAUGGUUCAUAUUGCUUGGACGAGAACUUUGAGUACUGUGUGAAAAUAAUCCGAUGGCUGGAAUGUGAGCGUCACAUUACACAGGAAUUCAGGUUGAAAUUGCUAACAUGGUUUAGUUUGAGAUCGACUGAGCAGGAACGUAGGGUGGUCAAUACCUUUAUUCAGACUAUGAUCGAUGAUCCAAGUAGCUUGGCAGGACAGUUAGUUGACUCAUUUUCAGAUAUCGUAUCCAACAAGAGGCCACGGAAUGGAUUCUGUAGUAAGCUGUGGCAUUAAACAAGGGAGGGCCGAGGCAAGGCCUUGCAUUCUGAUAAGAUAUCGCUUCACAUUGAAUUUAUAUUUGUCCUGAGAUAAGUAGCCUCUCAUUAAUUUUGCCAGUCUUUGUACAGGCAUUUUUUCUUUAGUCAUUGUCACAAGUGAUUUAAUUCGUACCGCGGACAAGAUUUGUCCGGCUCAUUGAUCUGGAAGACACUGAUUUUUCGUGGGAAGGAGAUGCUCAGAUGCACAAGGUUUCUGGCCGUAGGUCGCGUUUCGUUCCCUACGUUAUCGUAUUUACAUUUGAAGCUGUAGAAUUUAAUCAUUGAGGAUAUAGUUAUAAUUUCUGCUGUCAUUGCCUUCAUAAAAUUCAAAGAGGGCUACAUGAAUUUAGCAUUUUC